CGUCGCUCAUCACGUGACUUCCGCAUUGAGUUUUAAAACUUAAUAAUUGACUGUGUGUCAACAACACUUGAGCUUCUCUCUCUUCUGCUGUUUCAAAGGUCUCUAGUCCAGCAGAAGAUAUCAUCAUGAGCGACUGGAGGAAGAUGAACAGAGACGAGCUGGAGCUUCAGUUCUCUCCCAGCCGCUGGUCACACAGGAUGUCCGCCGAUGACGUGAUCAGAGCCCAUGUGGCCGCUCUCAAAGCAGGUGUGUGUGUGUAUAACAUGGACGUCCCGUACGGUGAUGGUGACGGAGAGAAGCUGGACGUUUAUGUUCCCAGCAGCUCUAGUCCAGACGUGCCGCUGCUCAUUUACUUUCACGGAGGAUACUGGCAGUUCCUCAGUAAGGACGAGUCGGGGUUUCUAGCCGUGCCAUUGGUCCAGAGGGGCGUGGUGGUGGUCGCCGUGGGUUACAGCAUCGCUCCCAAAGGGGAUAUGGAUCUGAUGGUGUCACAGGUGCGCAGGAGCCUGGUGUCUGUCAUUCAGCAGUAUUCACACAUCAGUGGUCUUUAUCUGUGCGGUCAUUCGGCAGGAGCUCAUCUGGCCGCGAUGGUUCUGUCCACCGACUGGACACAGUACAACAUAUCACCACAAAUCAAAGGUGCGUUUCUCGUCAGCGGCGUUUACGACCUGCAGCCCAUUCUGUCCACCUACGUGAACGAGCCGCUGAAGAUGACCGAGUCUCCGCCCACAAGAGGAAGUGUGGCGAUUAGGAACAGCCCCAGUCACUUCCUGCCGCCAGCAGCUCACGCGCUCUCCGCUUCCUGUGACAUCGUCGUCGCCGUCGCGCAGAACGACUCGCCCGAGUUUCGCAAGCAAUCGGAGGAAUAUUUCAAAGCUUUGGAAUCUGCCGGUCUUAAAGUCUCUUUUGAAGACGUUCCCAACACGGAUCACUUCAACAUUAUAGAGCAACUCGUCGAUGAAAAUUACCAUCUGACUAAGCUCCUUCUAAAGAUGAUGGGGCAAAAAGUUGACGAUCGCCAGAUUACCCAGAAUGCACUGCGCUGGAACAGACCUGUGAGUUGAGCUCAACGAGACCUCACUCUUUGUCCAAUCAGACGCUAGUAUUACGUGUUUUAUGUUAUUAUUGAGACAGCAGCAGUGUAUGUCGUACAUUCAAGCUUCUGCUGGGAGGAAUUUACUGUAAACGUCUUUAAAUGGUUAUUUAAAUGUGUU